AUGAAUAAUACAACAGAAUCUGUGUACAAUCAGCUUCUGACAACAAAACUGAGUUUAAUAGAAGGUCAAGAUCCAGGCUUUAUAGAAACACAACUGUCCGUACCACUGAAGUAUAUGUGUAGCCAAGACCAGGAAUGUCAGAUACAAGUUGGCGUCAUCUUGCCAGAGGAAGAUGAGCUCCAGUGCUCGGACUCUCAAUAUUAUUACCAGACGGUCUUUUUAUCAACUGAUGAGACACAAACUUGUCUGAAAAAGAUCUCAGAUUAUCCAGACACUUUGAAAUUAGAAUUGAAAGCAAGUAUUGAUGGUCUGGUUGAUGGGACUACAAGAAGUCAAGUGAUGAUUGGUGCUAGAGUGACUGCUGGAGAAGAAGUGGUCUAUAAUGAUACAAUUGGUUCCACUUCAAUCAGUAUUAAAGAUAGAGAUACCAUUGCUCUUUGUGGCUCAUUGAUCCAUCCUCAUAUGACAACGUUUGAUGGCACAACAUAUAAUGUAUUUAGAGAAGGGGAAUUUGUUUUAUAUAAACAUACUACCAUGCCUUAUGAA